AUAUAUAAAAUAAUAUACAAAAUAAUUUAUUUCUAAAAAUUUUUAAAUUUUAUUUAAUAAAUUAAAUUUUCAUUCCUCUGAUUGUAACAUGUAAUUUCUCAUUUGCGAGUUUUGCUAUUUGAUUGUGGAUGUUAUUUACCUCUCGUUUUGAUAAUGUACGUUCCAUAUGUCUAUAUACUAUGGUAUAACAGUGUGAUAUCUUUUUAGUUUCAGGGUCAGUGUAUUCAUCUUUUAAUAGAACUUGUUCUAUUCUAUCUUCGCCAAUAUCUCUAAUUAAAUCGUAAAAAUCGUUUGACGAAUAACUUUUAUUUUCAGGCAACCAGAAACUUAUAUCGUUUUUACACUGAGGAUAAACACUAAUUGGCUUGUAUUUUAUUGCUGCAUUAGGAUCUUCAACUUUGAAUUGAUUUAAGAAACCAGUAUCAUUACUCCAAAAUAAACGAAUAUUUGCGAUACCAUAUAAACACAUAGCCAGUCUUUCCAAACCUAAUCCGAAUGCCCAUCCAAUGCGUUCUCCUGCACCCGAUUUUUGUAAAAUCUCCUGACGCAUAAUACCACAUCCCAAUAUUUCGAUCCAUUGAUCAUUAUAGUAGAUUUCUAGUUCCCAUGAGGGAUGAGUGAAAGGAAAAUAUUGUUGAACCCAUCUGUAUUGAAUUUACCUGAUCCGAAAAGUGUCUGUGCUAAACCUACUAAAGUAUUUUUCAAUUCAUGUUCCAUUAUUUUUACAGAUUCUAAAGCAUGGCAACCUUGCUUCUCAUCAGUUUCCAUGCCCCUAUGUUCAAAUAGCUUCAACUCAUUAGAAUUGUCUACAUUUUGGAAUACUUCCUCUGCUGUACAUAGUCUAACAGCAUCUGCUUGAUGAAAAACAGGAUAGUGGGUAGAAUCUAUUUCAUCUUUGCGAUAAACAUCUCCUACCACAAGGAAAUUGUUCAAACCCAUUGAAAUCAAUUCUGAUUGAUGAGCUGUUGUAUGGGCUCUUAAUAUUGUAUUUUGAUUUAUAUAAUAACAAUCGCUUUUCUUCCUAGAUGGAUGAUUUUCUGGUACAAGUAGGGAAUCAAAAUUUUGAGCUACUGUAACAAUAGGAGAUAUGUUAUCAAACACGCUGAAUAUGGGAUUUCCAAUACGAUUGUGAAAUUGCAUGUAAAUAUAGUUAACGAUACGUUGACGAACAUGAGAUAAAGGAUGAUAUGGAGAAAUAUGUAAAUUUUUUCCUAUUUUGGAAAUAAUAUUUUCACUAAUAUUCGUCCAGUUAUCUCUUGGAAACGUGUGAUCUAAUAGUGUUAUUUCAUUGUUUUUUACAGUCUGUGUAGCUAUAGAAAAUGCCCUUCUGAAUAUUCUUUUACUACAGCAUCCAAUAUAUGUAUACAUUCUGCAAGUGCAAAAGUCACAUUUUACUUAUUACUUUUGACUCAAUACAUUUGAAUACUUGAAAAAUAUGAUACAUUUGCAGUAACCAAUCUAAGCGUUGAUUGCAUAAUUUUUUAAUACAAUAAUAAGUACAUACAUACUUAUAAGAGAGCUUCUUCUUUUAAACUUAACCAUACACGUACUAUGAUAUAUAUUAUGUACAUAUACUACACACAAACAAACUACUACAUACACAAAGGAUGUUCUACGAAGCGGUAUAAAAGUGAUCUAGGCACCACUCUCUCGUUCAUUGUCAUUACACGUUUUAUAAUUCUAUCUGAAUAUAUAUUUUCAACCAAUAUACAUGCUUGCCUUUGAUUAUAUUAAAUCUACUAAAAAUAACCAAUCAGAUCGUAUUCAUUUCAUUGCUCUAUUAAUUGCUAUACAAUUUAAGGAAAAUUUACAAUAUCGACAAUUGCCAGAAAUAUAAAGAGAAAAGUAAUGAAAAAAAUUCAUUUGAAAAAUCAACAUGUAAGUUAUAAUUUAAUAUAAAGUGAAGAAAUUCAAUUUAGUAUUCGUACGACAUCUAUAUUGGUGUACUUGAUCUAUGAUGUAUUAUAAAUGAUGGCUAGUAAUCGAAGAGUAAUUUUAAGUCUUUAUCGAAAUCUAAUUCGGGAAAGCAAAAAAUGGAAUUCGUACAAUUAUCGGAUGUAUGCUUUACGUAAAAUUCAACAUGAAUUUAAACAAAACAAAACAAUACAGGACAUAAAGAAGAUUAACGAAUGUUAUGCUAAAGGACAAGAGAACCUUGAAAUUAUUAAAAGACAAGCAACAAUAGGAAAUCUUUAUAGUAUUAGACCGUUAAUUAUUGAAAACAAAGCUGAUUCAAAUUGAGAAUAAAAAUUAGCAUCAAUCUUGGGAUGUACCAGUACGUUCACAGUAAACAGAAGAAACAACAAUGCUUUAAAACUUAAAUGAUCAGAAAUUAAGCAAUGUAAUGAGUAGAAAUUAAGCAAUAUAACCAUAACUGUACAUUAACUAUGUUACAUUAAAUAUAGUCUACAGUUAAGAUAUAUGUAUCAGUGUUAUAAAUAUAUUAACCUAUGUACAAUGAUGAGUAGUUUAAAAAGUUUCAUUAAGACAAUUUAAUAAAAAAGUGUAUAUCAUUCUAAGUACAAAGUAUCAUUUUUAUUGUCAGCUACAAAUAAUUGCAUGUAUAUGACAGAAAUGUAUAUGAAACCGUGUUAUAUUUCCAAGAUCAAUUUAAUUAAGAUUAACUUAAGUUUGAAGGAAUGUUGCAUGAAUCGAUCGACGUUUCAUAAUAAAAUAUGCACGCGUGUAUGUACGGUACAUCGAAUAAUAUUUCGCACGAAUUUUUUUAAAAUUUUGAAUAAAUAUCCUAGACAUGUUGUAUAUAUGGAAUGCAGAAAAAUAUGUGCUGUAAAUCAUGUAUUUAAUAAUUUUAGUUGAUCAAUUAUUUCAACUGUUUCACGAUGACAGAUGGAGCGUAUCGAGAAGUUAUAAUUGCUCUACGUAAAAAGGAGUGCGACAAGCAGUGAAGUGUUACAGGAUAAUUGGCGAAUUACUGAACAAAUUGACCAAAAUGGCUAUGCGAAACUUAACAGAACCGUUCAUCUUAAUGCGAAAUAAUGCUUUACAAAGCAAACAUAUAUACGCUGAACAAAAUUUGUCCGACCGAACGGCAUUAGUGGCUUCGGGUUCUGGUGCUUCAGACAACGUCGAAUUGAAAAAUGUUAAUUUGGAAAGUAACGCACCGCCUGUGUGGACAGAUGCCUUGGAGGAAACACAAUAUAUUUUAAGUAGAUUACGCGUCAAAAUAGACAGCUUAGUAGAGUUACAUGCUAAACAAUUAACUAGGCCAACAUUAGACGACACGUCACAGGAAGAGAGACAAAUGGAACAACUGACACGAGAAAUAGGACGUGCAUUUUCUAGUGGUUAUCAUCAAGUACAAACAAUAAAAACUGCAACAAGGCAUGCUAAUGGAUCGACGGAACGUCGAUUAGCUAUAAGCGCGGUAAUGGCACUUUCAACAGCUUUGCAAGAGCUGGGUCUUCGAUACAGAUCAGCUCAGAAUCACUAUUUAACACAGGUGAAAUCAAGGGAAGAAAGAAGUAAUCAAUUUUUUACGGAAGAUCAAUCAAUAUUUUUAAAUAACACCAUAACAGAUACAUGGCUGUUAGAGUCGAAUGAAACAAAUUCAGAUUCUUGGAAUAAUAGUCAACAACAACAACAGCAGGAUUCUGUACUUUUACAAUUGGAAGAUUCGGAUGACAGAAUAAAAUUAGCUGUUGAAAGAGAAGAACAGAUUGGCAACAUAGUUCAAAGUAUAGCAGAGCUCAGGCAUAUAUUCAAAGAUUUAGCGAGUAUGGUACAGGAUCAAGGCACUAUCUUGGAUAGAAUUGAUUAUACUGUCGAACAAACACAGAUACAAGUACAGGAAGGUUAUAAACAAUUGAAAAAGGCAGACUCUUAUCAAAGAGCCAACAAAAAAUUGUAUUGUAUAGUUGUGCUUGCAAGCGCUAUUAUUCUAGUCAGUUUUCUUUUUAUCGUAUUUAAAACAUGAAACAGAAUUUCUAUUUUAAUUUGCACGAUUGAAUUUUAAUAUAUGAUGAAUUUGUUUUGGAUUACAGUUUUGUAAGGAAUAAAAAAAAGAACAUGUGUAGAUAAUAUAUAAUUUGCGCGGAAAAUAUUUUUCGAUAAAAUAUCUGAAAAUUUGAAAUUUUAGGUAAACAGCGAAAUGGAAUAUAAUUAAGCAAGUACAUAUUAUUUUCGUGAGUUCAUCAAUUACUCUUCUCCUAUUUCAUGUUCGAAAUCAUUCCAUAGUACUGAAUUAUUUGUGAUAUCAUUUAUUGCAUACAUCAUUACAUGUGACGGAUGUUAAAAUUCAUGUAUAAUAUAAAUGUAAGUAUUAAUAAUCAUCGAUAAUUUGCAUUUCCAAUUUAGAGUAAUAAUAAUAUAUAUUUACGUUGAAAAUACAGUUGUAAAUUUUUUAUAAGAGAAACAGCAUUGAAAGAAAUAGAAAUCAAAUGUGUUCACAAAUAAAAUGGACCGUAUAAAGAUAUUGAAAAUAUCAAUCGCCAAAUUAUCGCCUUUCGAUUAAUUUUCUGUUUUACUAGUCUAGUAUGGCCUGAUAAAAAUAUCAAAGACAAACUUUUUUAUUCUGCUGUAUGUAAUAUACAUUGCAUAGUUAGGUUUUUUCCUUUUUUAAAUAAACAAAUUCAUCGAAUACAUGUAAUUAUGAUGUCAUCUAAGAUUGACUUAAAUGUUAUAUAAAUAAAUAUCUUUUAAAAUAGUUUAUAUAGUAGACAUCAAGAUAAAUAAUAACAUAUUAGUUAACAAUAUUGAAUUUUUAUUCUUAAGAACACUAAAUAAAGUUUCCUUGAAUAUUGCACCUUUUUUAUCACAGACUGAGCGGUACAUAUAUUUUAUAUAUAUAUAUAUAUACGUCAUUUAUCUAAUUGCAAUUUCU